UCAGUCUCUCACAUGGAAACAAGAGUACGGGAGGAAAGUUUGGAUCAGUAAUUUGGAUCAUCUCCACGCCAAUUGUAUAAACGGAAAAUAAGCGAUACACGCGUAGAUAACUCUGCGCCUGGGUUUUCAGCAUUUUUUUCGGCUUCCUAAACUAUCCGCAAGUGGACUGCAAACUUUUGACAACUUGGAGUAAUCGUCUUCUGAGGGAAUUUCCUGUUCGUCCCCCUUUUGCGCAUCGGGGUUUCCUCUUUAUAUUCGUAUUUGGGAUUUAAUUACUUGAUUUUUUUUCCAAGGGGGACUUUGAUGGGCUUGCAUGAGCAGAUAAAGUGAAAACAACAGAGCAUCAACCAGAUCUGCCUCCCACUGAGUGGAGAACUUCGAGUCUCAAUGAUUUAUUGAGACACGGUCUCAUACAAUUGCCUGGCCCGUGGAAGCUUAACAACAAAGUGCAGAUCCUCUCCACCAUGGGACGACUUAUGAUAGCUGCUUUGCUUUGUGUCAUGAUAAGCCAGGGGUUUUGUUCUGGGGUUUUCGAGCUAAAGUUGCAAGAGUUUCUUAACAAGAAAGGGGUGACAGGCAACGCAAACUGCUGCAAAGGAUCCGCAUCAGAGGCUCAGCAAUGCGAAUGCAAAACCUUUUUUAGGAUUUGCCUGAAACAUUACCAAGCCAAUGUAUCUCCAGAUCCUCCAUGCACCUACGGUGGCGCAGUUACCCCAGUGCUCGGAUCAAACUCCUUCCAAGUUCCCGAGAGCUUUCCUGACAGCUCCUUCUCCAACCCCAUUCAGUUCUCAUUCGGAUUCACAUGGCCGGGAACGUUUUCGCUGAUUAUCGAAGCGUUGCACACCGAUUCCAACGACGAUCUGUCCACAGAAAACCCAGAGCGUCUCAUCAGUCGUAUGACCACCCAAAGGCACCUAACGGUGGGCGAGGAAUGGUCCCAGGACCUACAGGUUGGUGGGAGGACCGAGCUGAAGUACUCGUACAGAUUCGUUUGUGACGAGCAUUACUACGGCGAGGGCUGCUCGGUCUUCUGCCGUCCCCGCGACGACACUUUCGGCCACUUCACCUGCGGAGAGCGCGGAGAAAUUAUCUGCAACUCCGGAUGGAAAGGACAGUACUGCACAGAACCAAUCUGUCUUCCGGGAUGUGAUGAAGACCAUGGGUUUUGCGACAAACCUGGUGAAUGCAAAUGCAGAGUGGGAUUCAGUGGAAAGUAUUGUGACGACUGCAUCCGCUAUCCGGGCUGCUUGCAUGGCACCUGCCAACAGCCAUGGCAAUGCAACUGCCAAGAGGGUUGGGGAGGCCUCUUCUGUAACCAAGAUCUCAAUUACUGCACACAUCACAAACCCUGCCAGAAUGGGGCCACUUGCACCAACACUGGCCAGGGAAGCUACACCUGCUCCUGCAGACCUGGUUUCACUGGGGACAGCUGUGAGAUUGAGGUCAACGAAUGCUCUGGCAGCCCGUGCAGAAACGGAGGCAGUUGCACUGAUCUUGAAAACACCUACAGCUGCACGUGUCCUCCUGGUUUCUAUGGAAAAAACUGCGAGCUGAGCGCCAUGACUUGCGCUGACGGUCCCUGCUUCAACGGUGGACGCUGUGCAGACAACCCCGAAGGAGGAUACUUCUGUCAGUGCCCGACAGGCUACGCUGGAUUCAACUGUGAAAAGAAGAUUGAUCACUGCAGCUCCAACCCUUGCUCAAAUGGGGCUCAGUGUCUAGAUCUUGUGGACUCCUAUCUCUGUCAGUGUCCUGAGGGUUUCACUGGAACUCAUUGUGAAGACAACAUCGAUGAGUGUGCCAACUAUCCCUGCCAGAAUGGCGGCACGUGCCAAGAUGGACUCAACGACUAUACAUGUACCUGUCCGCCUGGAUACACUGGGAAGAACUGCACCUCUGCGGUCAACAAGUGUGUCCACAAUCCGUGCCACAACGGUGCAACUUGUCACGAGAGGGACGCACGCUAUGUGUGCGCUUGCAUCCCAGGUUACGGAGGACGCAACUGUCAGUUCUUGCUCCCAGAGAACCCAAAGGGACAAGCCGUUGAGGGAGCCGACAAAAGAUACUCUUAUGAUGAGGACGAUGGCGCCUUUCCUUGGACGGCGGUUUGCGCUGGGAUUAUAUUAGUGCUUUUAGUCUUGAUCGGCGGCGCCGUCUUGGUCGUCUACAUCCGUCUUAAAUUGCAGCAGAGGAGCCAGCAGAUCGAUAGCCAUAGUGAAAUCGAGACCAUGAACAACCUAACCAACAACUGCAGCCGAGACAAGGACUUGUCCGUAAGCGUCAUCGGAUCCACACAGGUGAAGAACAUCAACAAGAAAGUGGACUUUCAGAGCGACGCUGCAGGCGGGGAAAAAAACGGAUUCAAAUCACGUUACUCGCUAGUGGAUUACAAUCUUGUUCAUGAGCUGAAGCCGGAGGAUUUGGGAAAAGAGGACUCUGAGAAGAGCGAAGCGACUAAAUGCGAAGCUCUCGAUUCAGACUCUCAAGAGAAACACAGAAAGCAUUUAAAAAGUGAUUCUUCAGAGAGGAAACGUACAGAAUCUUUGUGCAAAGACACAAAGUACCAGUCAGUCUUCGUUUUAUCAGAGGAGAAGGAUGAAUGUAUUAUUGCAACCGAGGUGUAACACCACAACGGAGCUGUAGCUCGUCUUGUUCUACAGGAGGUUUUACUCCAGUAAUGCUGCUCAAACCAGAGGGAAGGUUUCCUUCAUGUGACUGCUGCUGUGAAACUUAUGUUGAAGGUGAUAUUCAGAAUGAGCUGGUUCUCAACUGAAGUAAACACAGUGACUGCAGGAAAGGACGUUGGGCCAUACUGGCUCGGACUCUCAAAGUUUGUUUCCCAGGAACGUGCCAAACGGACUCGCUGCACUUCCUGUAGGGACGGUUUUACCUCAUUGCACUAUGAUGGGUUGUAUUUUUAAUGUAUUUAACACACAAUUGAAUCGGAUACUGUGUAUGCAUAUGCACUGACCGCAGUGUGUAUCUGGAAGUUCUCUGAUCAUUACGUAGAUCGGAAGAGGAAAAACACUGCCAUGUUUGUGACUGAUUUGAAAGCUUGUAUUUCUUUUAUUUAAGUGUUAUUUGUGAUCGAUGUGUUUGUGGUUUCUUUCUUCGUGUGUGUGAAGUUUGAUGUAAUUUAAAAUCUUUUUCAUUUUGCAAAUUUGUCUAUUGUAAAUAAGGCACUUCGGGUCGAUGUGACUGUUUUCUGUUAUGUAAAUGUAUUUAAACAUGCUGUCAAAAUUUACAGGAAUUGUUUUUAUGACU